AUGUUCUGGAUGGCAGUAAGUCCACAGUCAUUCUCUACUCCAAGCUGGCAGAUUGAAGCCAAGUAUUCAACCAGAGUGCUCACCGGAAACUGGGUGGAAGAGAGGAAGAAGUUCACCAGGGCCACUGAGACGACGCCUCCGAGCCUCUACAGAAAAGACUACGUCCCCAUCCUGGGCCACCAGCCGGACCUGAUCUCCAGGUGGUAUGGGAAGAGGAGAAUUGAGGGGCUCCCAUACAAGCACCUGAUCACCCACCACCAGGAGCCCCAGCACCGCUACCUCAUCAGCACCUAUGACGACCACUACAACCGGCACAACUACAACCCCGGCCUGCCCCCGCUGCGUACCUGGAGCGCCCAGAAGCUACUGUGGCUGCCGGAGAAGGCUGACUUCCCACUUCUCGCCCCGCCCACCAACUAUGGCCUCUUGGAGCGGCUGAAGGGGAGCUGGCUGGCGCCCAAGGCUGGCCCCAGGCAGAGCGUCUACACCUCGUCCUACCCCUGGCCGCCGCCGUGCGCCCUGUCCAGGCGGGAGCAUGCCAUCCCCGUCCCUCCCCCACGCCUGCACCCCAUCCCACAGUUCUGA